AUGCGAAAGGAAAUUGAUGCACUUGAGCAAAACAAAACAUGGGAGCUUACUUCUUUGCCACCUGGUAAACGUGCAAUCCCUUGUAAGUGGGUCUACCGCAUCAAAUACAAUUCAGAUGGUACUGUGGAGCGAUUCAAAGCACGGCUGGUAAUUGCUGGUAAUAAUCAAAUACCUGGCGAAGAUUACUUUGACACAUAUGCUCCUGUAGCAAAGAUGGUUAGUGUGAGGACACUUCUGGCAGUAGCAGUUGCCAAGAAGUGGAAAUUAUACCAGUUAGAUGUUACAAACGCCUUCUUACAUGGAGAUCUUAAAGAGGAA